CCCGGGUUACCGCCCGGACACGUUUACUCAGGAGUAAAUCGCGUGUCCUUAGCCGAAGUGGCUUCCAAGCUGGCAUCCCCCGGAUCGGGGCUGCUGACAUCUGGAACAGAAGGAGUGGGGGGAGUUGGCGAAGGAUAGGCGCUCUGCACAUUCUCCAGGGAACGGCGGGUCCCGGGGCGGUGCUGCCUGCCUGCGGGAGGCGGGUAGCUCCACCCUCGGCGGGCCGGGCCGGCGAUGGGCCGAGCUCCACCCCAGCAAGCGACUCCUUCCUGCCGUGCGCCAGGCCUGCCUGCUCGUUCCUGCCUUCGUGCGCGGCGCGCUCCAGCUCGAGCUCCCAGUCCUUCUCCCGCGGGCGCCAUGGCACUGCUCCUGGAGUACGAGUUCAAGUCGCUGCCGGCCGACAAGCAGAUCGACACGGAGCCCUUCCUGCAGGCCGUGGCGCACCUGCCGCCUUUCUUCGAUUGCCUGGGGGCCCCAAUUGUUUAUGCUCCAGUCAAAGCUGACCUAUCUGGGAACAUUAAGAAAAUACGAGCGGUUUACGAAUCGAAUCCAAGCAAGUUCAAGACCCUGCAGAACAUAUUGGAGGUGGAAAAGGAGAUGUAUGGAUCCACCUGGCCAAAAGUUGGGGCAACCUUAGCUCUUAUGUGGCUGAAAAGGGGUCUGAAGUUCAUCCAGGUCCUGCUGCAGAGCCUUUGUGAUGGCGAGAGGGAUGAGGAGAACCCAAACCUCAUCCGGAUCAACGCCACCAAAGCCUACGAGUUGGCCCUGAGGAAGUACCAUGGCUGGAUGCUGCAGAAGCUUUUCCUGGGCUCCUUGUAUGCUCUUCCGUACAAAUCGGAUUUGCUGAAAGCCCUGGAAAAGGGCAAAGAGGUGAAAGAAGAGGAGACCUUACAGAAGAUCCACCAGUUCCUCUCAAAAGUGACUCCCAUCCUGGAUACAAUCUAUGAAAUGUACACAAAAAUGAAUGCUGAACUGAGCUACCAGGCUUGACCAAGCCGUCUCCCUUCUCUCCAUCUUGGCCGAACGGGGAGGAGGCGCUCACUCCAUCUCCUUUCAGCAAAGAAACUCCUGAUCACUGUGAGCCCUCCACGGCUGGGUCUGAAUCUAAGCUGCCUAGACUUAGAAAUGUGUUUCUGCCAAAACUGAAGCAACAGAAGAACAUUGUGAUCAUUUCUUGGAUCUUCCUGAAACUUUUGUCCUGCCCGUUCAAGAGCCAGAGUUUAAGGAGGCUUUUAAAAUCUUUAUCUAAAUGGAUUUAUUUAUAACCAGUCUCAGGAAAAGAGGGGCACCUGGCAAUAAUGCUUAGCUAUCUGGUACUGUAUUCCAUCAGACACACAUGCACUAUACGUCUCUUCUAACUUCUGUAUAUUUUUGAGUUGCCUGUAUAGUUAGAUGCCAUGAUGUGCAACAGGCUGUUUGUACCUGGGUGCUGAAUUUUUGGUGUGCCGAUUGCUGACUAGGUAUAUGGGAGCAAAGUCUCUGUGUGUGUGUGUUUUGCACAAAAAAACAAAACAAAACCAGCCUUCAGUGACCUUUCCUGAAUGACAUUUUUAACCUCAUGGGAGUCAAACUAUUUUUUCUCUCCUCUUCACAACUGUUUUCUUCAGGGAUAACUCACUCUGGUUUAGAGCCACCUGUAAUUUUUAUCCCUUGUCAUUGCUUCUUCAGAGAUCUUGGUUUCUGAGGCACAAGAACCAUUUUAGGCCUUAAGUGGAUCACUACUCAUCCAAGCCUUAUUUUUAUAGAGUAGCAAUGGGGAAGAUAAAAAAAAUGAAAUAAAGCCUGACCUGGGAAGAUGUA